AAACGGUGACAAAACCCUUUCGGAUGGCGCACUCCGACCCUCAUGCCGACGGUUGAUGCCUGCUAUCGAAAUUACAACACAUCUGCACACUGUCGUCGGAGCGACGUUCGGAGCCCCGUCGAUGAAUCCAGGCGCCGGGAUCUGCACCCGAUGUCGACGCUGACGGUUGAGGUCAAGGACUGCAAGUGCUCAUGCUGAACUGGUCCAGUUGAAGGAGUAGUCUAAGAUCUGAGCGUUUCGAGCGUUUACAACAGUCGCUUUGUUUCCGAGUCUGAUUCCGAGUCGAAGUUGUUGCUGGUCUCCGAGGGUGGUAAACCAUGAAAAUCUAGAUUGAGUUCCAGAUUUAGGAAGAAUGGACUCCAGUCUUCGUGGGCGUGACAACAAUGGAUGCUGCUAACCAUGUCGUAAAUGUUUCUCCGAAGGGAAUGUCGCUGGAGGCGGUGUUAUGCGUCGACAACAGUUGGAGUAGUCUCCGCGCAGUAUGUAUGACCUGCAUAAUUUUAAGCUUGCUCCUACAGCCCCGUCUGCCAUCAGCGGUUGCAGAGGGAAGGGGCGAAACGCAUACGAAGAUUGUACGUUUGUUCGCGUCAAUAGUCGGUGUGGUCCUGCUCGAGAGGUAGGGCCCGAGACUGCUACUAGGAAUGACGACCCAGAGGAAGCUUUCCUGCAGGGGUAUCUGAGGGACUUGAUGUCGACACCCGCGGAGAGCUUCCAGGAGCGGAAACGCGGCCCGUACCCGUUUCAAUGCUGCGGUGAAGGUGGGCGGCAGAGUUGGAUGGCAUUCCCACCGGACGAGUAUACCGCCUCUGAAAUGAAACGUGUUCUUGAGUCCACCAUGAGGGCGGAUUGUUCACGAAUGACCGUACCACAAGUCAGCGUUCUCGAUGGAGAUUGCGAGCAGGUCACGAGCUCCCGGUGUCCGAAUUUACAAUCUGUCGACGUGUAUACCGACCCGGUAACGAAACCCUCAAACAUAAGUCGGACCAGCAUGAGCCCAUCGCGACGUGAUCCUAGCACGGUCGACGUGCGAGGCUGCCCCGUAACGAGCAUUACAACCACACCAAACUCCCAAUCACCAACCUACAGCAACUCUGCCAACUUCCAGGGAAGCAGGCGCCAACUUCAUCGUCAACCCUGCAGCAAGCAAAACGAUCUCGGCCCGUGCGGGUCAGAAACGAAGGUCCCUGCAGAAUGCGUUGCUGAGGGGAUGCGCACGAUCGGGUCACGCUUUACGACGUUGCGGGUCAGUAGCGAAGGCGAGAGGAGUGAGGGGACAGGCUUGCCGCACUGCAGCAGUUGCGCGGCGCAGGGGACGAGCAUGGGCAGUGGUUGGGAUUGGCGAUGCGGAGGGUGUCGGGGCCCAGUGAAGAUGAGGAGGUGCCUGGGUAAUCCGAGGCGAGGUCACAUGGUGCGCAGGCCCUGCGGUGAGGUGUGGCACUGCGCUGAUUGCUGCCGGAUAAUGCGCCAGCACGUCGCUCUUCAGUCCCUGGCCCUGCUGCGUCGCUCUGACAGGGCCCUGGCCCUCACUACGUCCGCACUGUCACCGCGUGUGCAGUAUUCAUCCGCCUGUUCAAAUCAGUCCAGGGGUGGUGGAUCUAUGAAACCAGUCUAACCACAACUCUUGAUCACAUCAAAGAAAUACCACAAG